AUGAACACUCAUUACGUCGAAUCAGCACAGACAAUGGUUAUCGCACCCGAGGAGAGUGAUUCAGACCCGUGGAGCUCGAGCGACGACGGAGAUUCCUCUAGUGAAAACGAGACCGAGAGUGGAGGAAACAGUGCAUCUAGCACGGCCGAUCCUGACGAAUACAACGGCUUCCCGGCCGCCGUUAACGCUGCGUACAAGCUACAUGAACAGUACCAUGACGACGCUUUUCGUGCCUUCGAGCAGAUCGAAUCGAGUCUAAAAGAUGGAACGUUGAACCAAGGAAUAUGUGACGGGCCAAACGCCCCAGUCUUACCGAUCCGCGAGCUGGACGAUAUGCUGUCUUAA